UCGUUGCGAAAGAGUUGGUGAGAUUGUUGAGAUGUCUGGAAGAGGAAAGACCGGUGCGAAAGUUCGUUCCAAGGCCAAGUCUCGCUCCUCCCGGGCCGGACUGCAGUUCCCGGUGGGCCGCGUUCACAGGCUGCUGAGGAAGGGUAACUACGCUGAGCGUGUGGGUGCCGGAGCUCCGGUCUAUCUGGCCGCUGUGCUGGAGUACCUGACGGCUGAAAUUCUCGAGCUGGCCGGCAACGCGGCCCGGGACAACAAGAAGACCCGCAUCAUCCCCAGGCACCUGCAGCUGGCCGUCCGCAACGACGAGGAGCUCAACAAGCUGCUGGGAGGGGUGACCAUCGCUCAGGGCGGGGUGCUGCCUAAUAUCCAGGCCGUGCUACUGCCCAAGAAAACCGGCGCCUCUGCAGCCGCCAAGACCAAGUGAAGCGACCAUUCUUUAAACUGAGAACCCAAAGGCUCUUUUCAGAGCCACUCACUGAAUCAGUGAAAGGGCUGACUGAUUGCUUGCUGAGAGGCGCUACUUACAAUCAUCCUGCAUUUAAGGGAUUGUUUUCAGUUUUUCGGGUUGAAGAUACGUUGUUGUCUGGCCUUGGUGACGUUUAAUCAGGACAGAGACUUCAUACUCGAAGGAGAUUCGCCAGUGCCUGAUGUGAGUUUGUGGCUUCAGUCACAGAAAUCUUUUACUGUGCAGAUGGAAGCUAAUCGGCCCGUCGAACCUGUACUGCCUCUCUGAAAGAACAUUCUACCUAGCUCCCACUCCCCCCUCCCCGGCCUUAUCCCCCGUGACCUUGCACAUUCUCUCUUCAGGUACUAAUUCAGUUCCCAAUUUUUUAAUAACUCCAUCGAACCUGCCUCCACCUUUUCAGGAAGCUUGCUCCAGACUCUAACCACCCCCUGGGUGAAAGGAAAGAAGUCCUCGCAUCGUACUUACUCCUGCCAUUUAUAGUUUAAUGCUACUAACGUGGGUUGGUCCACCACUCUCUCGACCUACUCUUCAAUAUUAGAAUAUCUUUCUUGCUGCAAUUAGUUCAACUAUUAUUUUGUGUCUCGGGUCUCCUCCGCUUUAAGCAGUUGAAUGAUAAGCAAAGGCCUCAGUAAACACGUGGCUUUCUAUCAUUGCCAAAUUGAAAUUUACAUUGACAUUCAAAGCUGCGACAUGAAACUUGGGACCACGUAACAACAACUCGCACGUAUAGAGGAAGAGCGAGAUGGUGAGACUGUUUCGCAUGUCAGAAAUCGAAAUUAUUGCUUUAAAAACUCGCAUACAUCAAAUAAACAGACAAAGGGAAGACAAAAUUUCAAUUACCGGAAAGGACAGAAAUAGUGAAAGCACCCAUGACCCGGAGAUUAAACAACACAGUGAAAAUCACACUUCCAUGCAACAUACUAAAAUGUAUGUUUAAAACUAAAACACGAGUAUCAAGAGACUGUCAGACGCACACUCCUCUGUCGUUCACAGCAUGGGGAUCAGUCUACAAUCUGUUUGUUUCGCAAUGCUUGAACUGACGUGUGUCCGCUUAUAGAAUGCUGGGAGUAAAAACAAUAACUUUCUGCCCGCAAAUUUUCAAACGGAUAGAAGCGAAUCCGAUCAGAGACCGAUUGUAAUGGCGAAUCUGAAAUCUGUGAACCGAUGUGAAACAAGACGACCUGAGAUGUAAAGUUUUAAAUAUUUAUCGUGAGAUAAACUACUGACUCAUUCGA